UGCUUACAUGACUUUUAACUUGCCGUGGAGCUUUUAAUUUGUAGUCGUGUUGUUGAUGUUCGCCUAUAGUGCAUAUAGUGUAGCACUAUCGUGUUGUUACUGUCUAUAUGCGGAGAUCAGGUGCAAGAAAGAUGAAUUCAGCUAAAAUCAAGCUAUUGCGCUGUGAGUCCUCCUGAUGGACUGUUUGCUUCUUUCUUCAUUGUGAUCUGAUGGCCAGCAUCUCCAGAAUGGCAGACGGAUUUUAAAAGCAGACAGACCGUAAUCUCACAGCAGUAGAGGGGCUGACAGCUACAAACAUGGACAUGAACGAUCAUGUGACUUGUGGAGCAUUAGUUUAUCCUGGCCAGCCUCACAUAUACUAUCCUUUGGAUUUCCCUCCCUCCAUUCCCUCUCUUUGAGAAUGGAUGGUAAGCCGUCUCUUCAGGCCAGCACGAACUCCUCCUACAUUCCCACUGCCAUCUCCUCCAUGUCUGACGAAGAGCAUUCAGAGGGUGAGGCGGCAGGGGAUGACACUUCCCCGUUGCUGUCCCGACAGCAGCCAGCGGGGCCCCUGGCGGCCCGUCGCUGCCCGGAGGACUCCUACAAUCUAGUGUACAUCAUCUUCUUCCUGAUGGGCAUCGGCUCUCUGCUGCCCUGGAAUGUGUUCAUCACAGCCAAACAGUACUGGCUGUACAAGCUCAGUAACAACUCCAGCCCUGCUAGUCAGGAAGAACCUCACAAUGACCUCAUCGAUUACUUUGAGAGUUACAUCUCCAUCGCUUCCACAAUUCCCUCAGUGCUGUGUCUCAUCCUCAACUACCUCCUGGUCAACAGGUUCUCCUCUCGGGUCCGGAUAUUGUUCUCUCUCCUGGUGAUCUUGGUUGUGUUUGUAGUGACCACAGUGCUGGUGAAAGUGGACAUGUCUGGCUGUAGGAUGCAGUUUUUUGGGGGUACACUGGCCAGUGUGGCACUGGUCAGUGGGGCGUCCAACAUCUUCUCUGGCAGUGUGUUCGGUAUCAGUGGCCAUUUUCCCAUGAGGAUAUCUCAAGCUAUCAUAUCAGGUCAGGCCAUGGGCGGCACUUUGAGUGCAGUGGCGUCAAUAGUAGAUCUGGCUGCCUCGAGUGACGUGACCGACAGCGCGCUGGUGUACUUCAUCACAGCUGACGUCUUCACUGUUAUCUGUAUCGUCAUGUACCUGCUGCUGCCCAUACUGCCUUACUCCAGAUACUACAUGGAACUGGAUGCUGUACCCUUUAGUGAGUCUGACGGCCCCAACAGCAGCUCAGACUCGUCAGCUGUAUCCAUCCCGCCCCUCAAACCCAUCCUGAAGAAGACAUGGGUGCUGGGUGCCUGCGUCUUCUACGUUUUUUUCGUCUCCAUCAUGAUUUUCCCUGCCGUCUCCUCGGGAAUCCAGUCAAUGAAUAAAGACUCUGGAAGCCCUUUGGCUACCACAUAUUUUGUGCCACUGACUAGUUUUUUACUGUACAAUGUUGCAGACUUCUGUGGCCGGCAGGUCACCGCCUGGUUGCAGGUGCCGGGCCCGACCAGCCGCGUACUGCCAUUUCUGGUCAUCUCCAGAACCGUCUUAGUUCCUCUGUUCAUGUUCUGCAACUAUCAGCCACGGUAUCACCUGCACAAUGUAUUCUUUGCACAUGACCUCUUCCCCGUGGUCUUCAUCUGUCUGCUGGGGAUUUCUAACGGGUACCUGGGCACACUGCCCAUGAUCUACGGGCCCAAAGUCGUGCCGCGGGAGCUGGCUGAACCUGCGGGUGUCGUCAUGUCCUUCUUCCUCACACUUGGGCUAGCUGUGGGUUCAGCCUUCUCUGUGGCGCUCGUUCACGGUAUCUGAGUGCCAAUGACUUUUAAAGUGUUGCCACAGGACUGAUCGUUUACACUACAACACUCAAGAGGUCUUAUGCCAUUUAUAAAAAAAUGUUUUUUAUGCAUUUUAUGCAGUCUUUAUGCAUUAUAAUGGUCUCAAUGAUGGAUAUGUUUUUUUUUUUAUUGGUUUUAAUCUUUUAAUAUUAAAAUGUUUUUUAUUAUCAAAAUUAAUUUUAAAAGCAUUUUAAGUUGAAUUCUGUAGUCAUCUUUUAAUAGAAAAUAUGUGGUCAUGUUUGGAGUCCAUUUAGACAUUUUAUAAUAAAACAUUUGAUAAAAAGCA